GUAACAUGAAAGUAACAAAUAUUAUGAAUUUGUGUUAUGCUUGUGUCUGUGCGCGCUCGGUCGUUUGCUUAACUGGGAUUUACUGAAAAUUGCAUUAUAAAGAGUUGCCAAGUAACCAUUAGCCAACUGGAAAAACUGUUUCAUUUAAUAUGUGCGGCAGCAUAAGUAUUAAAACAUAAAUUUUAGUUAUCGACUGACAAUUGUGUGGGAAUAAGUGAACCGAAAUUUGAAGACAAAUAAAGCAAAAAAAUAAAAAAAAAUAAUAAAAAUAAAAAGGAAAAAUUUAUAUUUACUAUCAUGUCUAGGAACGAGGAGAUACGCAAUUUGAGUAUUAGGCACAAAAAUAUCUUAUAUCUGAUACAACGUUAUUUAAGUGAUAAUGGCUUGUUCGCAACGGCAAAAGCUAUGCUAACGGAGGCUCGCUUAAAUGAAGAGUUCGAACUAUGCGAUAAUAUCGAUUUGGAUAGCAUUUAUUUGGAGUAUGCCACGUAUCAUCAGUUAAAAUUUGGUAAAUAUCCAAAGUUUUUGAGGAAAAUAAAGGAGCCAAUAAAAUUGGAUUUGGCACAGAAGCGUAACAAAAUUAAAUCAAAACCGGUCGACGCCGAGAUCAAUGAGACGGUAACGGAAACGGCAAGGAAGAGAGAUUGGCUGAUGAUGGACGUUAACGAUUUGAAAGUGACGGUAACGAAAAUCGAUACACAAUCGAGGGACGAGCAAGCUGACUCGGAUACGUUGCAAAAGAAACAUAAUCUGGAAUCGCUUGCUUCUUUAAGGGAAGUACAACACGGCAAUAACAUAGCUAAUGGCGAUCUAUUGUUAAGCUGCCAGGAAUGGCAAAGUUUAGCUGAUAUGUUACGUUCUACUAUAGUUCACGAAGAUGUAAACCUAACUUGGGGAGAUAUGUGCGGUAAUAGUGCGUGUGUUGAAAUUAUUAAAGAAGCUGUACUGACGCCCCUUAAAUAUCCGCAAUUGUUCGCCAAUGGUCUUAAGCCUUGGCGUUCAGUUCUGUUGCAUGGUCCUCCCGGUAGUGGUAAAACCAUGUUAGCCAAAGUUCUUUAUGCUGAAACUAAAGAGAAAGUGACAUUCUUUAAUAUCACAUCAAGCAUGAUAGUUUCGAAGUGGCGCGGCGAAUCUGAAAAACUCUUAAAGAUAUUAUUUUAUUUGGCUCAAAAGCAUGCGCCAUCUAUUAUAUUCCUAGAUGAGAUUGAGGGAUUAACUUCGAAACGUGAUCGUGUUACUGAUCAUGAAUCGUCUAAACGAUUUAAAAACGAGCUACUACAGCUGAUGGAUGGCCUAGAGCAGUCAAGUUCCGGUGUCUUUAUAUUGGCUAGCACAAAUCUGCCAUGGGAGAUUGAUGAAGCCUUCCUCAGACGAUUCGAAAAGAAAUUAUUAGUACAAUUGCCCAAUGAAUUGGAAAGGGCAAAAAUAAUAAAUAAAUUAUUGCCAAUAAAUGUGCAAAUCAAUGAGACCACAAUGUGCAAUUUAGUGAAAAUGUCGGCCAAUUUUACGGGCGACGAGAUACGAUUGGCUUGUAAGGAAAUUGCUAUGCAAGCGGUGAGACGCGUAACUCAGAUAGCAAUUAAGGGUAAGGCAGAAUCUGAGCUUUUACCCGAUUUGGCCUUUAAGCAAGUUAAGCCCUUGAGUAAUAUAUUAAUGGAAAAGCAUGUAAAAUGGCAAACAGAACACGGCUCAUAAGUCCAAAAUUGUCAUCAUAGAGCGGAUGCAAAUUAAAUUUCAUUAAAAUUUCAUCGAAAUUAUUUAUUUUACUACCAAUUUACUAUAAUUAUUAUUAU